AUGGCUACAGACUGGAAUCUUCUGGAAGGACUUUCACUUGUAUGCCUCGUGGUUGAUGCUGGCUGUCAGUUGGGGCCUCAGUCAGAGCACUUACAUGCGCCAUCUCCACGUGGUCUGGACUUCGUCACAAGAUGGCCAGCUCAGGGUCCUGUUGCAGAAUUCGCCAAAGUGAUGAACACGAAGGGAAAGAGGAGAGGCACCCGAUAUAUGUUCUUUAGGCCUUUUAGAAAACAUGGAGUUGUUCCUUUGGCCACAUAUAUGCGAAUCUAUAAGAAAGGUGAUAUUGUAGACAUCAAGGGAAUAGGUACUGAUCAAAAAGGAAUGCCCCACAAGUGUUACCAUGGCAAAACUGGAAGAGUCUACAGUGUUACCCAGCAUGCUGUUGGCAUUGUUGUAAACAAACAAGUUAAGGACAAGAUUCUUGCCAAGAGAAUUAACGUGCGUAUUGAGCACAUUAAGCACUCUAAGAGCCGAGACAGCUUCCUGAAACGCGUGAAGGAAAAUGAUCAGAAAAAGAAAGAAGCCAAAGAGAAAGGUACCUGGGUUCAACUAAAGCGCCAGCCUGCUCCACCCAGAGAAGCACACUUUGUGAGAACCAAUGGGAAGGAGCCUGAGCUGCUGGAACCUAUUCCCUAUGAAUUCAUGGCAUAAUAGGUGUUAAAAAAAUAAUAAUAAUAAAGGACC